AUAGAAGACUGAUGGUACCAAUACAUUCCUCUGUGGAUGUACUGAGCGUGCCUUUCAGUAACUCAGCACAACUCCUGAUCUCAGCUGACGUUUAUGUAUGUGCUUGUAUCUAUGUACCAGGUAUCCUCCUCUCCUGCUCUUUGGCACCUGCCUUUGUCCCUGCCCCAGGCAUGAUGCUUUCAGCCUGAUUCCUUAGGGUUGUCCCUGUUCUUUGGACACCCAGGCACCUCAAUGUCCAUAUACGUGUCUCACACCCAACAGCCAGGCUGGCUGUCCCUCCCGUGGUCAGGCAUGGGCUGACUCAUGGCCCCUUCCUCACUUUCCAUGUGGUCAUUUCUAAAGCUCCUUCCUUCCCAAUUCCCCACCCAUGCACAUGGAUUUAUUUUUACCCAUCGACCGCAUCUUCCUUUUCUUCAAAAUCAUUUGUGGAAAGCUAACGUCAACUUGGUUUAAUUAAAGCCUCUGCAUGUUUAUCAUGUCUUUAAGUCAUUUCCUUCAAGCAGUCUUCAUACGAAGUUCUCACUUUGUCAAAACACGAUCCAAAACCACAGCUCAGGGCACAGUGGGAAGUUCACAAAGGGAGAGCUGAGUAGUGGGGAAGUUUGGGUGAGCUGUUUGCUGUGAGCCCACCCCUCCAGGACCUUUAUUUCCCCCUGCGGCAGCUGUCAUCUGAUCCCACGCUUUGGCUUUGAAUGGGGCUCUCUGAGGAUGCCAGAUGUUGGGAACAAAGGUCUAAAAAUAAUCUUUCCAAGUAAUCUUCCCAUCUAUCAUUCAAGGAGAGCGUGUGCUUUGUGUGAACAUGUGAGCCGAGAACCUGAUCUAACUUUGUAGAAAGAAGUUCAACAGCAGCUCCUGGCUUCUGCUUGCAGGCUCCUUUUUUUUCCCCCCCCUUUCCCUUCCCAGAAGCCGUGCAGCACAGAGCUCUCCAGCAAGCAGCCCUCACGCUCCCUCCCUCUCCUCUCCCUCCCUCCUUGCCAGCGCUCUGAGUCGCCCGGAUCCUGGGAAGCCGAGCUCUCUACUUGAUCUCUCAUUGGGAAAAUGGAUUCCAAGAUGCUGUCAGACCUGCAUUUCUGCAAAAAGAUCUUCUCUGUGGCUUUGUGUGUCUUCGUUCUGCUGGCAGACUCAGGCUGUGCAAGGAAUCUCUGGAAACGAGCUCUGCAUCUGAAAAUGACGGAGAAAUACGAUGAUUAUGAGUACCCUCUUCAUUCUCACAGUGCCCACUACCAGAAGAACGACCGCUGCCCACCGCCACCCCAGACCUUGCCAGACAGAGCCUGUGAGGUGCCCAGCUGCCGCUCCGACUCCGAGUGCGAGAGGCACAAGCGCUGCUGCUACAACGGCUGCAUCUACGCCUGCCUGGAGUCUGUGCAGCCCCCACCAGUUUUGGACUGGUUGGUUCAGCCCAAACCCCGCUGGCUGGGAGGAAACGGGUGGCUUUUGGAUGGCCCAGAGGAAGUCUUACAAGCUGAGGCCUGCAGCACCACUGAGGAUGGCGAUGAGCCUCUGCAUUGCCCCACAGGGUAUGAGUGCCAUAUCAUCAACCCUGGCAACACAGCUGAAGGAAUCCCUAACAGGGGCCAGUGCAUCAAGCUCCGUGGAAAUCCAGAUGGACGCAACCUGAGGCAUAAGUAUUACAAGGAGUAUUUUGGCAGCAAUUCCAACAAUGUGGUUGGCUAUGUGAAAAACCAGCAGAAGCAUUUGGGUUAAUCAAAAGUACGCCUGGCUGGACCACUCUAUUAAGCAGCUUUCAAGGAAUGAUUUACUCAACAGUUAUGUUUUGGAAGAAUUCUAGUCCCAAAUCUCCAUGAGGCCAUCUCCAGCAUUACCCUGAUCCCCGCCCAUCAAUGAUAAAGACUUUGAUUUUUCAAGAAACAGGAUGAGUCUAGAUUUUAAACCUGUCAGCAUGGGGAGGAAUGUGAUCCCUGAAAGAAACCACACUGUUUAUGAGCUGCCUUCCCAUUGAAGAAAUGUAAAUACCACGGAGAGAACACCUGCAAACCACAGUGCCCUUGUCAGGCUGCUGGCACACAGCCUGCUCUCUACGUGUGUCUUAGGUGACCAAUUCAGAUUCACAACCAACACAAUUUAAUAGUGUAAAAAUAUUAAGUAACAUGACAAAAUCAAGAUGAAGACUAAAGGAGUUCUCUGCAUCAAGUCCAGUCCCUGCCUAUCUCAGACAACUACUUUACAUCAGUCUUCUCACAAGCAUCAAGAAACCUGCAGGUUUCCUUUUUCCUAUUUAUAGCUGAAAUCUUAAGGAUGUGGGGAGGUAGGAAAAAAACAGGUUUUUUAAAUAUUUUUUUUAAGUUACUUUCCUUAAGCUUCUCAAUUCUCUGAUGAAUUGUAGGCUGUGAGCUAAUGAAUAGAUUUCUUUCUGCAAUGUCUAAGCUGUUAGAGACACAUCUGCCAGCCUUUUACAGUUGUUGUUUUAGCCACCUGAGUUAAUACUCCCAAAUAAUGUGUCUGUCCUUUUGUACCUGCAAAACCUCAGCAGUGGGGCUGAAGUCUGGAUUAUGCAUGCACGUCUUAGAAAAGCAAAAUCAGGAUAAAUACAUGUGUUCAAAAGGAUUGUCUGGCAGAUGGGCUGCUGCUCUCUGGAUGUCCUGUACCUUUAUGUCAAAUCCAUGAGUCCUUAGGGUCAUGUUAUUUGUGUUUUGGCCUUACAGCUUUUUAUAGCUGUUUAGCACUAUGAAAUGGAAAACACAUUUUCUGGGAAUGUUUUCCAUUUCUACAGAUGCUCCUAAAGGGAUCAUAGCAUUUCAUUCUGACAAAUCAGUCAAAAUUGCUAGGCAAAGGGAGGUAUUUUGGCUCCCUUGCUUAGUACACAUCCUCCAUCUGCACGCAUAAAAUUAGCAUUUGGAUAUGCAGAAUAGUAGUGGUGUUUAUAAAUACCCAAUUCACGAAUACAAGUGCUUGCUUCCUCCCACAAACUGUGAGAUUUUUUCCAUUCACAGAAUGGUUUAAGCUAAAGCUCGGAUACUUAUAAAACACUUGAUACUUUGCAUAUGACAUUUGCAGCUGGAGAGAUGAAAGUUUCCAAACUGCUCUUCGUUUCCUUUUGUAAACAGCCGUGUUCCUCAGUGCUUUAUGGAGUAAAAGAACAGAUGAAAGGCUCCACGCUUUCCUAAAUCUCUUAAUUUGUUGAAUUGCCUUCCACUUUCCAUUCCUUUGUUCCAAGCUCUAGUUAUUAAAUGCAACACCACAUUCGGACAGAUCUACUGCUAUAAUUUUAUCCGAGAAUACACUUGAUUUUAGUGGAUGCAUUCACUGCAAUGGUUGUUAUUUUGUAGCAGGAGAAAGCGCAUACCUGACCACUUUGCUGGAUGAGUUGGUAAAGAUAUUUUUCCAAUUGCAAAGUGUUCCUAAUGAACUUCUGUUUACCGGAUAUUAUCAAAGACAUCGCCCUUCCUUGUGGUGCUAUUGUGUUUGCUUCUUCAAGUUAAUUCUUUUCAAGUUAUCAGCUGUCAGACCUGGCAACAGAAGCUCCAGAAGCAGCUUGUAUAAAUGCUGUGUUUUCAACAGCACUGUCCAUCGUGUUGGAAAGGAAGCACACACCAAAUGAGUUGUCUUCAUCUUCUCUUCUCUCCAAAGACAAAUGGCUUAGCAACAGUUUCACGAAGCUCAGUAGGAAAGAGCGAAUGUAGGUUGUUUUCCUUGUCCCCAUGUACAUCUUGAAGCAUGUUUGGUGCUAUGAUCAACUUCACAAGUAUCUCUGUGUGCUGGCAAUGCCUGCAGCCUGUUGGAUCCUCACACAUCACUGCUGACAUUGCUGGAGCUGCUCUGCCCUGUGGGAGCUGAGGACCAGCAGCAGAGCCAGGUAGACCCUUUCCCAUACAUGCAUCCUAUGCUUGAUGGGUGCAGGCUCUGCCACUUUGGUGCUCAAUAAAAACGUGACCAGGAUAUUUUCCAGCUCUGUCUAGUUUUGGUUGUGUGUUCUUGACAGGUGCUUUGCUUUAAAUUCUGAAAAGAAAGAACAAAGUUUAAGGAAGCUGAGGAAACACAGGAAGACAGUUUUGUCCAAGGGAAGGGGUGUGUCAGAUCCAAAAAUACAUCCACCACCACCAGUGUCUCCUUCCAGAGGGACCACCUCUGUGGGGCAGAAGUUCUUAGAAUCUUCUUUUCUUCUGCUCAGGCUGGUAGAAAGUGCUAUGAGGAGAGCAGGACUGAUGAGGCAGAUAAAAGGUGACCUUUUCAAUGGACUGGGCAUUUAUCCCAGUGACAUCCGUGUCAAUUCUGAGAUGUCAUUCACUGUCGGAUGGCCUUGAGCUGUCAGCUCAGGUGCUUUGCACUGCACGGGUAGCUGCUCAGGCAGCUUUGUGGGAAGCCAAGGCUUCCUGUAAGAGUGGAUAAGCAAGCGAAAUGAGAGGCUGAUGCUGGGCUGUGAGUGACACUGAAGUACAGAACAUCCAAAAGCCCAGCAGCUUUUGAAGAAUGAACGUUGCAACAGAUAUCUAGCAAGUCAGAGAUCUGCAGUAACACUGCAGAGUGCAUCACUAGGUCAGUAAUCUGCAGAAGUUGUAAAUAUGAGAAUAACUACAACAAAAUGUUGUAAUUUUUACAUGCCUAGUUCAGAAUACCACUAAGGACGAUGGUGCAGAAGGGGCUUGGCUACUUUCAGGAAGCUGUUCCACAGUUCCAUGCAAUGUGAAGAAGUCUAUAAGGUUGAGACAACAUACAGAAGAGUCUUUGGAGCCUUGGCACACAUAGCAGGACUUGCUCAUGGGGGUUGUUUGCUCUACCAUCUCACACUAUGUACUCAAGCUGGACUUUUCUCUGGAGGUGGUGUCAGGUGAGCAUCGAUUGUCUCUGGCAAACUGUGCAAGAACAAAAAAGGUCGAAUACCCCUGCCUUUCAUUUCCCUAAUAGCAGAGAGUCCUGACAAUAUGGUUGUGAAGCACUUUGUGUUUUAAAAGUUAUUCCAUUUUUUUCUAAUCGCAGAGGAGAGCUCUUUGCUGGACUCACAGGGUACAGCAAGGAGAACCUAAAGGGAUUGUAGCAUUGUUUAAAGCCACGUUUAAAGACACCUUUUCUUGAUGAGUCUACAGAGGUUAAGUCCUCUUUCUUCCCAUCAUUUCCUCCUUGCCGUUAGCUUGUGGAGAUGAAGUAUCAAGAACCUUAUGGGAAAAGCUGUAAGAAGGAACAAGGCCUUUUGGCAUUUUCCAUGCUGGAGGCAGGAUUGAUGGGGGCUCAUUGCACCUGGCCAGGGCCACCCCACCAGACAGGUCUCCCAGCUUAAGAAGCAGAGGCUGUGCAAGCAGAAACCAAGAGAUUUUAGAAAAAUUCCCCUUUCCUUCCCAGU